CGUCUACAUACUCUAUAACGCUGCUGGUUCAGAAGAAAACCCAUCGAGAAAUUCUUCAACAUGGAAGAAGAAUUAAAGGUUUUAGGAGCAUGGGCAAGUCCUUAUUCUGUCAGAGUACAAAUAGCACUAGAUCUCAAGGGCAUCAAUUAUACCCUUUAUGAGCAAGAUCUGAUCAACAAAAGCCAACUGCUCCUGCAAUCUAAUCCAGUUCACAAGAAGAUUCCAGCGCUUAUUCACAAUGGAAAAGCAAUCUCUGAGUCUCUCAUAAUCCUCCAAUACAUAGACGAGACAUGGCCUGCUGUUCCCCUCCUGCCCAAACACCCAUAUGAACGAGCCGUUGCUCUCUUUUGGGCUGCAUUCACUGAUGAUAAGUUUUCUCUUAGUUUUAGAGAUAUAUGUAGAACACAAGGGGAGAAGCAGGAGAAGUGCAUAAAAGAGACAGUAGCAAACAUGUUGGUUUUGGAAGAAGCUCUGAAGGGGAGGCCAUUCUUUGGAGGGGAAUCAGUUGGGUAUGUUGAUAUUGUGUUGGGCUGCCGAGCUGUUUGGAUUCAAGUUUGUGAAGAGAUUGGUGGUGUAAAACUGAUAGAUCCUCACAACACUCCUUUCCUCUAUGCUUGGGUUCAACGCUUCCGCAAUCUUGAUUGUGUUAAGAAAUGGCUGCCGGAUUUUGAUAAACUUCUUUCCUACGCAUACAUGGUUCGCAAUUAUUUUCUUCAACAAUAGGCGAACUGAUAAAGUUUCUUCAUCCAAACAGGCAGUCAAAGAGAAAACAGUACAAUUUGUCUGUGUCAGGAGGUGAUCAUUGUCAAAAUUGUUGCAUUGAUUAGCAUUCACGUUCUAUUUAAAUAAACAAAGA